AUGUCACUGAUAAUCACUGAUAAUCGUAAUCAUAGAAGUGAUGAUGUCGAUGAUAAAGGAGUACCAGUGGAGGAGUUCCUGCAAAUUGGUGAUCAUAAGUCAGAGAUACAGGAUGCACGAAUGUGCAAGUCGUCAGUAUACGUUGGUGUUGUAAAUGAGGUUGAUCUGAGACGUCUCAUGAGACCGAAUGAAAUUCGGCUUUACUACGCACGACCUCUAACGAUCACCAGUCUAAUGGAAGUACGAUUGUAA